UCAAAAAACUUUUUUUUAAAGAACGAUGGAGAAAAGCAGACAAUGGGGAAUCCCGCGAUUGGUUAGUUUACGACGAGACAAAUCUGAUAAUGAACACGCUUCAGAAGAUGCCAAAACUAAUAGUUUCAUUGUUGGGACUAAAAACCUGAAACUGGAAGCCAUAAAAGACCACGAAUCGUCCAAAUGCCACAUCCAGGUAAAAAAGAGAGCACAGGGAAAAGCAGCCGCGGAGAAUGCGGCUGCCAUGAAGGCACCUACCAGCCUGAAGACGGCCCAGUUGGAUAAGAUGAAAUUCCUGUUUAGGAACUCCCACGCAAUCGCGAAAAAAGAUUAUGAAUGGCAAUGCAAAUUAGAUGAGAAAAAGGGAAUUAGCACAGGUAGCACAUACGUGAAUCGGAAGCAAGCCAGGGUGUUUAUUAAGCACAUAGCUGCAGCUGAGAGGAAGACCAUUCAGUCAAAGAUAGCAGCAGCGAAAUUCCUCUCCAUUAUGUCUGACGGGUCUACUGACACUGCCCUGAUGGAACAGGAAAUGCUGUAUACGCGCUUGUGCAACCGAGGCAAGGUGGAGGUCCACUUUGUAGGGAUACAGGAUGUGGAGAAAGCAGACGGUGAGAACAUCGCUCAGGCAAUAGACGACAUGAUGAGGGAGGUCAGUGGAGAAGAGAGAAGAGAUGGUGCGUCGGUGAUGACAGGGACACGUAAAGGAGUAGUGAGCAGGCUGAGAGGAAGUAACAUGCACGUCCUGGGUAUUCACUGUAUGGCACACCGCCUGGAACUAGCUUUCAAGGAUGCCAUUAAGAGCUGCUCUAUGGCAAAACAGAUUGAAGAUGUGCUGUCAGGGCUGCAUACAUUCUAUUGUAAAAGUGCUCUCAACAGGGCAAACAUAAAGCACAGCUUCAAGAUUCUGGGCCAGAAUCCCCUUGUACCAACUAGGGUUGGAGGCACCAGGUGGGUUUGUCACCUCUUCAGGGCCACUGACUAUUUUUUGAGGGGUUACCAGGGACUUACCCAGCACCUAGACCAGAUUUUGUAUAAAGAUUCAGUCCCCAGAUGCUGAAGGGGUGAAUGCAGUGCAGAAGAGCAAAGCACGCCACUACUUCCAAACCUGCCGGGAUCCAGCAUUUUUCAUGUUUUGCAACUUCAUGCAUGAUUGCCUGACUCACCUCAGCAGCCUCUCUCCGACUCUUCAAACCUAUCAGCUAUCACAGUGGCUGAAGUACACAGCUGCCUGACAGCCACCCAAACAGUGCUCACAAAAUACAAAACCAGACCUGGGCCCAAGCUGAAAGCCUGUAUGAAGGAGCACGAGACUGAUGACAGCGUCCUAAACCGUGUCAUGAAGGCCAAGUUUGAGCUGCUCGACAAACUCUGCCAGUCUGCAAAGUCGCUUCACCCACAUGACCAUAGGGAUUCUCCAAGCUACAAAGUUAGUGAAUCUGAACAGUUGGCCUGACGCAGAUCCCUCUAAAGAAUUUGGUGAAUCAGAAGUGGAGGAAUUAACUACACACUUCCAGAGCAUCCUGACAUCCUCGGGGGGUCGCUGUUGAGCUCAUCCCAGAUCAGUGGACCAUACUCAAGACCAGACUGUAUGAGACGGGAGAGAGUCUCCACAUGAAGACCUGGCCAGAAAUCAACAGGUCUGAGCAACCGCAGUGCCCCGACAUCCUCAGCCUGGUUGACCUCAUCUCACCGUACCAGCCUCUACUGCAGACUGUGAAAGAGGCUUCAAUCAAAUGAAGUUAGUGAAAAAUGACUGGAGGUCCCGUCUUACAUCAAGAAGCCUCUGUGACCUACUGACUGUCCAGCUAUCCAGUCCCUCUACUGAGAUUUAUGACCCCACCCCUGCUAUCCAGCUCUGGCAUCAGGCUAGCAUCCGGCCUACAAGGCCAGAGUUCAUGGAGGGGAAGAAGAACGCUCAGGAAAGCACCUCUGAAACUUCAGAAUCUGAUUCUGAUGAGCAGGAGUAAAUUGUACUGGGAGGGGGGAGGAUGGGUGGAGGAAUGUUAGUUUUUUGUUUAAUCUGCCCUACUCAUUUAAUAAAAUGUAUAUAAGUUUGUGUAUGUAUAAGAGAGAAAGAGAAAGUGUCAGUGUUUCAUUGAGACUUGAGAUUAAAUAAACUGCUUAAGUAUUGUA